ACCCUCGCCGCCGCGCCGCCGCCGCCGCGGCGCCCAAUUCUCCACCAUUCGCACGAACCGCAUCCCCAACAAAAACCCUCUUCCUCCUCGAGUCCUCGCGUGAGGCCACCACGGCAGCACCACCACCACCGCAGGUCAUCCUCAGAUGGCGUCGCCGCCGAGCUCCUCCACCUCCUCCGACCCCGCCGCUCCAGAGCCGAGGUCCUCGUGGGUCAUCCUCGGCAGCAUCCCGCGCGUCGACCAGGGCGUCUUCCCGGACCGCCCCACGCCGCGCAACUUCCCGUUCCUCCUCGCCGCGGACAGCUCCGGCCUGCUCCUCCUCUCCGCCAUCCUCGCCGCCCCGCGCACCCGCGUCGACGUCGACCGCCCUGGCAACCAGUCCUUCUACUGGCGGGACUACGACCCGCGCUACUUCGUCCUCGACGCCGCCACGGGCUCCGCGUUCCGCCUCCCGGACCCCAGUCCGGAGGAGUCCAUCAUGCACCAGGCGCUCGUCGGCGUCGUCGCCUCUCCCAGCGGCGGCGGACGCUACAUGGUCGCCGAGCUCGUGCCCUUCUUCGGCAGCGAGACGGCCGAGCUCCGCUGCUUCUCCUCCGACGUCGGCGAGUGGGUCAGCAAGCGCGUGCACUACCCGCUGCCACCACGGAUCCUGUCGCCGCUCUGCACGGUCGCCCACCACGGCAGGCUCUGGUGGGCCGACUACUCAUGGGGCAUCAUCACCGCCGAUCCCUUCGCCGACGACCCCGUGCUCGGUUUCGUCCCGCUGCCCCGGCCUUGCGUGCUUGAGUGGAGGGAGGCCCACGGGGUGCUCGACAAGUUCCGCUAUGUCGGGGUCAGCGCCGGCAGCCUGCGCUUCGUCGACACCUACCGCCGCGGAGGCGCCCCCACCAAGGUGACCGUCUGGACCCUGCCCAACCCCGACGCCACGGAGUGGACGCUGGAGCACGAGGCCACCUUCGCCGACAUCUGGGCCGACGACACCUACAUGGCCACUGGCCUCGCCAAGAAGGUCCCCGUGCUCGCGCUCAUCCACCUCCACAACCCCGCCGUAGUCUACUUCUUCCUGGAGGGCCACCUCUUCGGCGUCGACGUGCGUGCCCGCAAGGUUGUCGAGUGCGACCGCUACCAUCUGGUGGCGCCUCCCCGCGGCUACCCCAUCGCCAAUCGAUUCGUCCGCGCUUGGGAGCUGCCGCGUGCUGUCUCCUCAGGGCUGGGGAAUUGGUCGAGUGGCAUCAGCUCUCCCGAACCGACUGCAGCACCACCUUACAGACCAAUGCCUGGAGAUUACCACUUGUUUGGCAUUUCCAGUAUGGCAGCACCCAAAGAAUGAGCCGAGGAGCAACCGUAUGCAGCUGUUUAAUUUCCUAGGUUUAGCUAGCAGUGCUGAACUCAAGUCAUGGAAUGAUGACGUGUUUUGGGGUGGGAUAUAACAUGCUUUUGAAGCACUAGAUGCGGUAUGAUGGAUCGCUGCUAUGGACUAUAUGUUACUUAGCUGUAUGCAGUAUGAUGGAUCGCUGCUAUUAGGGAUGGACCUAUGGUGGAGCGCUGUACUCGAUCAUCAGGGUGCAUGUGAGCUGGGUCAUGCUUGAUUUUCAGUGACUUGAACCGUAAUGCUACGCUGUAUGCCACACUAUUACUGUUUCAUGCUAUUAUAUUGAUCUUGUGGUGUGAGCUA